AUGGCGACUGUCCCGAACGAAAAAGCGGAGUCGGCGGACGAGUUGGAGGGCCUUCAGCUUCAGGCGAUCAUUGGCUUCAAUGGACAUGUUCCCUUUGGCCUCAUCUGCCAUCCAGAUCGAGAGCAUCUUAUCUAUCCACUGGGUUGCACAGUAAUUAUCCAAAGCAUAAACACUCCGGGUCAAGAUUUUUUACAUGGCCACACCAACAAUGUCUCCUGUGUCACAGUUUCUCCAAGUGGAAGUUAUGUGGCUUCUGGUCAGAUCACAUUCAUGGGCUUUAAGGCUGAUAUCAUUUUAUGGGACUACAGCAAAAAGGAGAUGUUGUCUCGGCUGUCACUUCACAAAGGUAAAAUUGAACAUCUGGCAUUUUCUCCAAAUGAUCUUUACCUGAUUUCACUGGGAGGCCAAGAUGAUGGGAGCAUUGUGGUGUGGAGUGUCCAAAAGAAAGAAGCCAUCUGUGGUAGUCCUGCUUCUGCUCGUAGUGCUGGGAACCCAAGCACACUGGUAUAUUCUAACUGCAAGGAUGAGAUGUUCAUCAGUGCAGGAAAUGGAACUAUUCGAGUAUGGGAACUGGAUUUACCCAACAGAAAAAUCCGACCAACUGAGUGUCAAACAGGACAGCUGAAAAGAGUAGUUGCUUGUGCCAUGAUGGCAGAUGAUGACAGUUACUUCUAUGUUGGCACAUCCACUGGUGAUAUCCUCAAAAUCAAUACAAAAAGCACAUUGAUGAGUAGUUUUGGCCCAAUAAAGGAUAAACACAGCUUGGGAGUCACAGCUUUGCUUUUGCUGAAAGUGGGUGACUUGGUCAUUGGCACUGGAGCUGGAAUCUUAGCCCUUUGCUCGGGAUCCAAGUACAAAAUAAUCAAAAAAGUUCAGUUGGAAGGUGCUAUCACGUCCAUUACACCACGAGGCCAGGGCCACCAAUUUUUUGUGGGCACAAAUGAGUCACAGAUUUACCGAUUCUCAUAUUCUGACUUUAAGGAUGAGCUCAUAGCCACUUGCCAUAAUGAUGCUAUCAGUGAUAUAAUUUUCCCAUAUGGUACAUCUGACUUGUUUGCCACAUGCUCCAAGAAUGAUAUUCGUGUUUGGUAUACACCUGAAAAUAAGGAGCUGCUACGGAUUACGGUCCCCAACAUGACUUGUCAUGCCAUAGAUUUCAUGCGUGAUGGCAAAAGCAUCAUUUCAGCUUGGAAUGAUGGAAAAAUCCGUGCCUUCACCCCAGAAACUGGGAGGCUGAUGUACGUGGUCGAGCAUGCUCAUAGUAUGGGUGUGACAGCUGUGGCUACCACAAGUGACUGCAAAAGAAUAAUCAGUGGAGGUGGUGAAGGUCAGGUGAGAGUAUGGGAAGUUGGGAAGGAAACACGCAAACUAGAAGAAGUAAUGAAGGAACACGUAUCUGCUAUUUCUUGCAUCAAGAUAAAGAAGAAUAAUCAGGAGUGUGUCACAGCUAGCACUGAUGGAACAUGCAUUAUCUGGGAUCUUGUCCACUUCAUGAGACGGCAGAUGAUAUUGGCCAAUACUUUAUUCAAAUGUGUAUGCUAUCACCCUGAUGAACAUCAGCUUAUCACAAGUGGCACUGAUAGAAAGAUUGGUUACUGGGAAGUGUUUGAUGGAUCUCCAAUCAGAGAAUUAGAGGGCUCCCUUUCUGGUUCUAUCAAUGGAAUGGAUAUUACAACGGAUGGAUUGUUUUUUGUGACUGGAGGUGAUGACCAUCUAGUAAAAGUGUGGGAUUAUAAUGAAGGUGAAGUGAUUUCUGUUGGGAUUGGUCAUAGUGGCAGCAUCACCCGCCUGAAGAUCUGUCCUAACAAUAAAUUAAUUGUGAGUGUCAGUGCUGAUGGUGCUAUCCUUCGUUGGAAAUAUCCUUACAUUUGCAAUCCUUAAAAAUAUU